AUUUACUGAACAAAAACUGCAGAUCAAACCUGUGCGGGAGGAAAACAGCUCGAGAUCUCUUCAGAGGUUUUAAACAGGUGAUCUGAAAGUGAAGAGAUGGGCAGAAAGAAACAGGAGGAAGAGCAAAACAGCUCCGAGUAUGGUGAACCAGCUCAAUAUGACCCCACUUUUAAUGGCCCCAUUCACAAAAGGAGUUGUACAGACAUCAUAUGUUGCGUUCUGUUCAUGUUGGUCAUCACCGGUUACAUGGUGGUAGGAAUCCUCGCCUGGCUGUAUGGAGAUCCUCGGCAUGUGCUGUAUCCCAGAAACUCCACGGGAAUGUUCUGCGGGCUCGGGGUGAACAAAGAUCAGCCCAAUGUCCUGUAUUUUGACAUCCUCAAAUGCGCCACAGGGACGAACAUCAUGGCUGCGGCUCUCCAGGGACUCCAGUGUCCGACCACACAGGUUUGUGUGAAGUCGUGUCCGUCUGAGUUCUGGAUGUUGUCUCCAAGCGCCUAUUUACCGGGCGCAAACCCAGCGGACCAUUUCAAGCAGGAAUUCUGUGUCCCGUCAUUUCAACUGCAAGGCACUAAAUAUACAGCUGCAGAUAUCAUAAAUAAAGAGUUGUGUCCAUAUUUCUUCACACCGACAACUUCUGUGUUGGGAAGAUGUUUGCCCAGUUUUGGAGGAAAUGGGUUUAAUCCGAGUAACGUUCCCUCAAACUUCAGCUUUCAAGGCACAAGUGUAAACCAGACUGUGACCGCCAUCAUGAACGCGACUGGUGACCUGGCGAACAGUUUUAACGCCAAAGAUGUCGGCUUGAGGAUCUUUGAGGACUUUGCGAAAUCUUGGCAGUGGAUCGUAGCCGGUCUGGUCAUCGCAAUGGUGGUGAGCGUCCUCUUCCUGCUGCUGUUGCGCUUCACGGCGCCCAUCCUGGUGUGGGUGCUCAUCGUUGGGGUUUUGGUGCUGGGCGCCUUUGGGAUCUGGUACUGUUAUAAUGAAUAUCAGUCACUGGCUAACUCAAGCCUGACCUUCAGUAAUGUGGGUCUCACCUCUAAUGUUAAAGUCUAUCUGCAGGUGCGAGACACCUGGCUGGCAUUCUUGAUUAUUCUGUGUAUUGUCGAAGCAAUUCUGCUGUUGGCGUUAAUCUUCUUGAGGACUCGUAUUCUCAUUGCCAUCGCACUUAUUCAGGAGACCAGCAAGGCGUUGGGUCACAUGAUGUCGACCCUUUUCUACCCCGUCAUCACGUUUGUGCUGCUGUUGGUGUGUGUGUCAUACUGGGGCAUUACAGCAUUAUAUCUGGCUACGUCAGGUGGUCCCGUGUACAAGGUUCUGUCACUAAACGCCACUCAGGGCGACUGCAGCGCCAUAGGUGCCAAUGAGACCUGCAACCCUGAGACGUUUAACAGCACUCGGUACCCCACGUGUCCGUCUGCUCGCUGUGUGUUUAUUAAUUAUAACACAGAGGGUCUGUUCCAGAGGAAUCUCUUUAACCUGCAGAUCUAUAAUGUGGUGGCGUUCCUGUGGUGUGCUAAUUUCGUCAUUGCUCUGGGUCACUGUACACUGGCCGGAGCGUUCGCAUCAUAUUACUGGGCCUUCAGUAAACCUGCCGAUAUCCCAACAUUCCCUCUGAUACAGUCCUUCAUGAGAGCCCUACGGUAUCACGUGGGGUCGCUGGCGUUUGGCGCUCUGAUUCUCACACUGGUUCAGCUCGUCAGGAUCAUUCUAGAGUAUCUGGACCACAAGUUUAAAGAGGUUCAGAACCCGUGCACGCGGUUCAUCAUGUGCUGUCUCAAAUGCUGUUUCUGGUGUCUGGAGAAGUUCAUCAAGUUCAUCAACAGAAACGCUUACAUCAUGAUCGCCAUAUACGGGAAGAACUUCUGUGUGUCAGCUAAGAACGCUUUCUCCCUGCUCAUGAGGAAUAUUGUGAGGGUGGUGGUGCUGGAUAAAGUGACGGAUCUUCUGCUGUUCUUCGGGAAGCUGCUGGUUGUUGGUGGAGUUGGUGUGCUGGCGUUUUUCUUCUUCUCUGGCAGAAUUCAGGCUCCAGGAACCACGUUUGAAACCGCCGCUCUGAACUACUACUGGAUGCCCAUCAUAACGGUUGUAUUCGGUGCAUAUCUCAUUGCUCACGGAUUCUUCAGCGUUUAUAACAUGGGCGUCGACACACUCUUCCUGUGCUUCUUGGAGGAUCUGGAGAGGAACGACGGCAGUCCACAGAAACCAUAUUUCAUGUCCAAAAACCUGAUGAAGAUCUUAAACAAGAAGAACAAACAGCCAAAGACGGGCUGAUGGAAGUCUUCACACUCUCAAGCACAGUCACUUUAAACUCAACACACAGAUCACAGCAAAUCCAUGUUCAGAUGCUUUUAAUAUCAGUUUUAUUCUCCAUUUUAUUUUCUAUUUUAAAGUCAGAUAAAACAAUGUCAUAGUUCGGCACUUUAUAAGCACGGAGACGUGUUACUGGUGUGACGUGAAUCAUAACCACCAAAGAUUGAUUAUGGAUGAUGUCUAAACUACAAACUCACUUUCUCUCUCACUGAAACUGUGCCGGGGAAUUUGAGUGGGUUUUUGGCAGAAGUGAACUUGAGAAACCGACUUCAUAUUCAAGAUGUCUGCCAAAGCAUUUAUUAGCAUUGUGAAUAUUUGUGUAUAAGAUUUUAUGACUCUCAACAUGCAGUUAGACGCAUGUAUGAUGUAUGUACAUAUAGAAAUGAUGACUGAUGUUAAAUAUACAGACACUUGAAAAUCCUUAAAUAUUGUUUCCAAAGAAAGCGUUUUAUAUUUAGAUACUUUUAUAGUUGUGGUAGUGUUUGCUCACGUCUCAGAUGUCAACACUGUUAUAUGAUUUGUAUAUUUGUUAUUGUGUGAUUUUAGUGAGCAGAGAUGUUUAUUGACUUAUAGAAGUUUAAUACAAAUACUGAUUAUUAAUCUGUGCUUGUGCUGGGGUUCAUAUUUAGUGUUUGAAAGAACAGAAAUGGGUUUAUUUGUUGGAUGAAUAUCAGUUUAGAAUAAACACAAACACAAUAACUUCAAGAAGAAGGGAUGAACAAUACUGCAAAACAAUAAACAAUAAAACUUUGUCACUGCAGGUCGCCAGCGGCUGGCGGUGAAGUCGCUAGUGGGCGUUCCCACUACUGGUUGCCUAGUAACGUUUAUAAAUGACAUUAACGGAUGCCACUCCAUUGCUGUUGACAGCGAAUCGCUUUUCUUGCCACUAUAAACAAACAUUUUGGAGGGAAAAGACUAAAUAUAA